AUGGAUAUCAAUUCUCUUCUUUCUCCCUCAGACAAUGGUCGCGCCAGUUCACUCACUCCGUCAACUGGCACUCCGAGUCUGAGUCUGAGCCUGAGCCAUUCGAAUUCGACCUCGAAUUCGCAUUCACAACCACAAUCACAAUCGCAGUCGCCAUUCAGGCAUGUUCAAAGAGCGCAGUCAGGGACUACAGGCCUGGUGAAUUCACCUUUAGGUCGCUCUGUUCAAACACCAUCGAGCAUUCCUGCCCAUGUCAGAAGUCCUGCUCAGCAGAUUCCGCAUUCAUCGCCGCUUAUCAGCCCCGUGCCUGCUGGUACCGCGUCUGCUCAUUUGCCUAGAUCAAAUUCCACGCCGACUAUGGAGUCAUUGGCAGACUUUAAUUCCUCAAAGCCCACUCUACCCAGCCGUGACUCAACCGAUAGCCAAAUCUCAUCAUCGGGUCUCUUCCCCCACCUCACAUCAGCUGGGGCGACUUCAAACCCUCGCGCAUCCAUAGACAUCAACAUGGUUGAGACGCCGCAGACUGUUAUACGAGCGGACUACACCGACACUUCUCUCCCCACCGAGGCCCAACAAAGACUGGCUGUCCUGGCUGCGCACGUUCAAGAGACGCCCUCCUCGUAUGAAACCCACAAGGAGAUCAUCAAAAUCUUGCACCAAGGCUUUGUCGACCACAUAUAUCCCUCGUCCAGCCCAAAUGCUCACGGAGAUCCUCGACAAUACGACCUCCUCGCCGACCUUCGGCGUGCUCGUGAGAACUUGGACAAGCUCUUUGCAGUUGGUGAGGACCAGUGGCUGGAUUGGCUUCAGGAUGAGAGCAUUCUUGCUCACACGACGGACGAGCGAAGGGCUGUUGUGGAAAAAUGUCGGCGGGCGGUGACGGAGGAAUACGGCAGCACACGACUGUGGUUAACUUACGGUGACUGGGUCUUGUACUGUCACAAAUGGGCUCUCGACUCUUCUGGAGACACGCAGGGCGACGUUGAUUCGGAACGCUUGAAUGGUCGCGAAGUCUUCAACAUGAGUAUCGUCGUGGACACAUGGACUGAAGCCGUGCAACGAACAAAGCAUGACAUGACCCGCAGUCAUGAAGUCUGGAACAAGUACAUGGCCGUUCGGUUUGGCGAUGUCACCCAAAAAUUGUCUUCAGCCGAUGCCGCCUCCGUUCUCGAACUGUUCGAAACCCGUUUGCGCAUACCACAUGCCGAAUGGCAGCAGACGUUCCAGGCGUUCUCGAGCUUUGUCUCCGCCAACAUACCGGCAGAUCAGUACGAGGAAAUCAUGGCGUCAAAUCUCAGGGACUCUGCGAAUGCAAAGAAGAUUUGGAGUGACAGAGAUGCGUUAGAGACAACUCUGCUGGACACUCAAAACGCUGCUGAUGCUGCUCUCGAGUACCAAGCAUUCUCAAAAUACAUCGAGUGGGAGCGUGCAGAGGAAAACAGGCCACAGACACAGCGGAAAGGUAGGGGCAAAAAGACGCAGGAGGUUCGAAACCCAUACUUCGACAUGGUCGACGCUCUUUAUCAACGUGCGGAACUUCGCUUCCCUUCGGUGCCUGCGAUAUGGGAAGAGCAUGUCGAUUAUUUGAUCGAGAAGUCAAAGCCGACGUCGGAUUUGCUAGGCGUCUUGUCUCGAGCCACAAAACACUGCCCGUGGUCAGGGUCGCUGUGGAAACAGUACAUGUUGUCCUCCGAACUCGCAGAACAGCCGUUCCAUGAAACCGAGGACAUCAAGCACAGAGCCACCAGGACUGGGCUUCUGGACGCCGCAGGCAUCGAGGAGGCUCUGGUCGUUCAUGAUGCGUGGUGUGGUUAUCUGUUGCGGCGGACCAAACGUCCCGAUGCUGUUGAAGAAGACGCUGAUGUCGCGGAAAUGGGAAUCCGGUCGUCUAUCGAGGCAGUCCACAGUCUUGCUUCGAAGUUGGGUAUCGGAAGCGCAUUUGACCCGUCCUUCCGCCUCCAGCGAAAAUAUGUCGAAUAUCUCAAGUCCCAGCGCCGGCUCGACAAUGCAGGUGCACAAUUCAACGAUGCGGUGGCAGACUACGGGAAAUAUUACAAGUUCUGGCUACGUUAUUACGAGUUCGAAAUGCAGAAAUCCAUGCAUAUCGCCUUGCUCCAACGACCAGGGCCCGACCAGUUAGAUUCUCUUUCUUCUGCCCCAUUUGCUGUGGGGGUCUUGAAACAGGGACUCCUUCAUCCCGGCUUAGACUAUCCAGAACCACUCAUGGAAGCGCUAUUGAAUCAUUGUGAGGACUAUGAAGAUGCUGACGAACUGCAAAACGCCAUAAGCUUGGUACGGAAAGUCCAGAAAGAACUCACCGCAAGGCGACAACAAGAAGCCCUUCAUGCAGCAGAGGUCGCAGCCCAAACAGAACAAGCCGAACAAGAAGUGGCCAGUCGGACAGAGGAAGUCGCCAAUGGUCUUCACAUUGGGAAACGCAAGCGAGACGAAGAGUCGGAGGACGAAGAGGGAAAGAAAAGACGACGAAACGAAGAGGCCGUAGAGCCAUCGAUUGAACCCGAUGUGCCCUCCAUUGAAGAGCCGAAACGCGAUCGUGAACACGCUAGCGUGCUGGUGCAAAAUAUCCCAACCAACGUCUCCGAGACAAAAAUUCGGCAGUAUUUCAGCAGUUGCGGUAUUGUCAAGCAGGUCAAGAUUUUACAAGACGAAGAAAACAGUGUCAUUGUGGAGUUUGACGAUGCCGACGCGGCUUCUUUCGCUCUGUCCCGAGAUGGACGCGAGUUUGAAGGUGCUGAGCUCUCUGUCAUUCUCAACACUGGAUCCACGCUCUUUGUCACCAAUUACCCUGCUGCCGCUGAUGAAUUAUAUGUUCGCAAUCUGUUCCGUCCGUACGGGGAGAUUGUUAACGUUCGCUUUCCUUCUCUCCAACGUAACAAGAAACGCCGAUUCUGCUAUGUCGAGUUCAAGCGGCCUUCAGAAGCGCAGGCUGCGACCGAGCUUGACAACAAAGACAUUGAUGGGUUGAAAUUAGUAGCCAAAAUAUCCAACCCAGCGAUACGACACUCAAGACAAGAGCGGAACAGUGAUGGCAGGACGAUCUUCGUGGGUCAGCUACAAUUCAAGGCCACUGCCGAAGAUAUUGAAAAGGUCUUUUCCAAGUAUGGAUCCAUCGAGCAUCUCCGACUUCCCAAGGAUCAGAAAAUUGCCACUCGGAACCGAGGUAUUGCUUUUCUGACGUACUCCAGUUCGGAGGAGGCGCAGGCUGCUCUGGCCAUGCAUGGCGAGGAGUUUCAGGGCAGGAAACUUACUGUCAAUAUGGCUUCCGAACGUGACGGCCGAUCUGGUAAAAGCGUGAACGGGAGGUCGAAAUCUCCCUCGCUGCACCCGGACGCAGCUUCUGAUACUUCCAGUGUGCCGAAGACCGUGGACCAGAACGCCAUCGAGGAACGACGGGAGCGGACUGUUGUCAUUUGCGACGUGCCUGACAUUGUGAAUGAGAGUCGCAUCAAGGCUGUGGCGGAAAAGAUUGGUCCCGUGCGCAAGGUGAUCCUGAAGACCAACCAUCAGGGCGCGUUGAUUGAAUUUCAGAAUAUCCCGGAUGCUGGCCGAGCCAUGAUAGAGCUCGACAACCUGGAAAUCCAUCCUGGUCGCCACAUCCGAGUCACUACGGAAAAGGACAUGUUGCAGCAGAGUCGGGAGCACAAGACAGAUCAAUUUGCUCGACGCCCCGCUCCAGCUCCUGUCACCUCUGCCGGUGGUCCAAUUAGACGUCCGGCGCAGCCAGGGGUUCGAAAGAAGGGACAUCUAGGUCAACGAUCGAGUAUAUUACAUGCGGCACAUGAAAAGGACAGCACGAUUACAGACGGAGAGAAAGGAAGUGGAAAGAAGACGAAUGAUGACUUCCGAAAUAUGAUCAACCAGAGUUGA